CUCAAAACUCUUCAAGUCCCGGAAGUGAAAGUAUUGUCGAAUGUGCACCGGGACUCGAACCCCAAACCCUUUAACACCCCGAGACGGUAUUUUCUCCACAGCAUGGACACCUUAAACAAACUGAAACAAUUUGAUGCGUAUCCCAAAACCCUAGAAGACUUCAGGAUCAAAACGUGGGGCGGCGCGACUGUGACCAUCGUGAGCGGUCUAAUAAUGUUGAUCUUGUUCUUCUCUGAACUGCAGUACUACCUGACCAAAGAGGUUCAUCCUGAACUGUACGUCGACACAUCGCGAGGAGACAAACUGAAGAUCAACAUCGACGUCAUCUUUCCUCACAUGCCCUGUGCCUACCUCAGUAUAGAUGCAAUGGAUGUUGCUGGGGAGCAGCAGCUGGAUGUAGAACACAACCUCUUCAAGCGCCGUCUGGACAAAGACCUCAAAGCCGUCACCACGGAGGCAGAGAAACACGAGCUGGGUGGCGAUGAUGAAGGUGUGACCUUUGACCCCAGUAAGUUGGAUCCGGAAAGAUGUGAAAGCUGCUACGGGGCCGAGACUGAAGACCUCAAGUGCUGCAACAGCUGUGAUGACGUGCGUGAGGCGUACCGGCGGCGUGGCUGGGCCUUCAAGAACGCCGACACCAUCGAGCAGUGUCGGCGCGAGGGCUUCACCCAGAAGAUGGCGGAGCAGAAGAACGAGGGUUGCCAGGUGUAUGGCUUCCUGGAAGUCAACAAGGUUGCAGGAAACUUUCAUUUUGCUCCUGGCAAGAGUUUCCAGCAGUCUCAUGUCCACGUGCACGCUGUGGAAAUUCACGACCUGCAGAGCUUCGGACUGGACAACAUCAACAUGACCCACAUGAUCAAGCACCUGUCAUUCGGUAAGGACUACCCAGGUAUCGUCAACCCUCUGGAUGGUACAGACGUCACGGCACCCCAAGCGUCGAUGAUGUACCAGUACUUUGUUAAAAUAGUCCCGACUAUUUACAUGAAGGCAGAGGGAGAGGUGGUUAAAACCAAUCAGUUCUCAGUGACCAGACAUGAGAAAGUGGCCAACGGUCUCAUUGGCGACCAAGGGCUGCCAGGUGUCUUUGUUUUGUAUGAGCUGUCCCCCAUGAUGGUGAAGUUCACAGAGAAGCACAGGUCGUUCACUCAUUUCUUAACAGGCGUGUGUGCCAUCAUCGGAGGAGUGUUUACAGUUGCAGGGCUGAUAGACUCUCUCAUCUACCACUCGGCGAAGGCCAUCCAGAAGAAGAUAGAGCUGGGGAAGGCCUCCUAGCAGAGACCCCCACAGCUCCCUCAGCCCCCGCAACACACGCACAGGACACCGCCACCCAGACGGACAGACACGGAGACUGAUGGACAGACAGGCUGAGGGGGUAGACAGACAGACGGACAUGCAGGUGGAGGGGGUUGACAGACAGACGGACAGACAUGCAAGCGUGGGUAGAUGGACGGGUGGGAGGGGGUGGAGGGGGGGGGGCCUGGGCAGUCUGUUUUCAGAGAGGGGGAGAAUGCAGGUGAAGAAUGUAUCAAGGCUUGCGGCACACCAGCACAACGUUGACAUCCUGUUAACAUGACUACUUCCUGUCUACUUCCUGGUGCCCCCUGUUGUUGUACUGGUUCUGUGACAUGGCUGCUCAGCGCUGCCCAACACUGGGUUUGAUUCAGCAGGUCUGGGUUAGGUGAAGCAGGUCUGUGUUGGAUGGUGACGGUCGUGGUUAGAUGGUGCAGGUCUGGGUUAGAUAAAGGAGGUCUGGGAAUCAGUAAACAGCUUUAAUUCGAUUAUUGGAGUCUGGGUUUGCUUGAUAAUAUCUGGGCUUGAUGGAUAAGGCCUUGGUUUGAGGGAUACAGUCUUGGUUCAUUGGCGACUGUGUUUUACAAUAUCUCUGAUUGUAUUAUACAUUGACAAGGUUGAGACGUUAACAUGUGGCAUUCAACUAACAUCAAAUAGCCUACCUUCUUAUUCAAUAUCAAAAAAUAUUUGUCCCAAACUAAAGACAUGUAUUCAAACUCAAACAAGGCCAUUAUCCAUCAUCAAAGACCCUUCUCCAACAUCAAAUACCAUCAUUUUUUUAUUCAAAACAUUUGUCCAACAUAAAAGGCCAUUAUCCAUCAUCAGAGACCUUUAUCCAACAUCAGUCACAUUUUAAUUGUAUACCUAAAAUACGACCGCAGCCCUGCCUCUUAGAGUUGUCACAUGACCAAAAAUUCUCAUAGCCAAUCAUAAAGGUGCUUGCACACCGCCGCGUGGCAACUUAUCACCGCCUCUGCCGGAGGGUUCAGCGCGGCGGUGUGAAGGGCCAGGCUUUUUCAAAAGCGCGCUGCUGCAGUUGCUGCCGCCGGAAGUUUCAACACGGGGAAAGCUGAGCGGUAGGGCAGAAUCUGUGCGCGUUCACGCGGGCGGCAACCGCUGCCUGGUUUUCAGCCGCAUUUGUAACCGCCUCCGCUCUGCCGCCCUUCCCUCAUUGAAAUGAAUGGAGCCGGUGAGUUGGCGCGCGGCGGUGUGAAAGCAGCUAAGAAUGGUUCAAACUUUUUUCCAAUCCACCCUCUACGCAACAUUUUUUUUUGAAUUGAUUAGGAUUUUCCAAUAUUGAAUCAUGACAAGGUGGUGGGAAAUUUUUGAUUUAUGGCCAAACUUAUUUUUUUCUGUAAAAGGCUGAAGAGAUAGGCCCUAUCUGCCCUAUUGGUAACCUGGUCAGUGCACCUUUUAACGACAUCAUGCCAGGCGGUGUGUGUGUUUGAAAGAUUGUGUGUGCUUGUGGGUGUGCUUGUGUGUUUGAAAGAUUGUGUGUAUGAGAUUUAUUUAUAAUUUGAUUGUCGUCUGUUUUUAAAAUUCUAAAUAAAAAAAUGUUGAAUACACCA